ACAAAUAAAAAACAAACAAUGGAUAUAAAAGAAAGUAAGUUUAAAGAGGAAGUGAACAACUUCGUAAUGAAUCUACAAAAGUUCCUGCCGAAAAAGAAGGAAAUAAUAAUCUUACAGACAGACAGAACGGAUUUGACAAAGUUGAGUGACAUCCACGCGGAGGCCAAAAACGUUUUCCCCAAGUGUUUUAUCGGGGCUAAGCUCGUUAUACUGAAAGAAAUAAUGGACAAGGCGAAACUAGUGCAAAACUACAACUUCGGCAAACCGAAGGAUUCAUACAAAUGCUAUUCACACUUUAUUCAUAAGGAAAUGCAGUCAAAGAAUAUUGAUGACGGCCUCGUGAUCGAUUUAGCGGGCUCGGCGACUGCCACUUACCGAGAGUCACUCGAAGAUAAUCUAGAAAUCAGAAUGACAACGAAGAUAAGGAAUUUAAUUUCGUCCGAAGUGGAAGCGGUCCUUGAGAACACCGGCGACAGAUCGGUCAGUUCCUUCUCCAUGAAUAUGAAAGACGUGGAUCCAAAGACAGUUAGUUUAAUCACCCAAUGGACGUACAAAGUGAAGCCAGAAUUCAGUGUUGGAAUGGAGCUGCGAGUCAAACCUCUAUCGACGCUGCUAUCAACUCUGUCCGUUAGCUCUAGAUACGAGAGACCGAGCUUUGCGUUAUCCUCGACCGUUAGCAAUAUGGGAUUUCAGCUAUGCCUGUUCAAACAAUUUUCGAGUGACCUGCGAAUGGCGACAAUACUGAAUGAAAACAAGGCCGGCACAGUGAUGAGCGUGGCGCUCCACAAAAGCUACGAGAACAGCUCGGAACUUAAAGUCUUUGUCGAUUCGCAGCGGUGUGGUGGAUUCACGAUCGAAAAGGACGUUUUGUUCAGUGAGCCUAACAGCGAAACCCGGGUCGUGCGGCUGAUGGCCAGUACCAUGAUAGACCGACAGAGACGAGUCAGGUUCGGCUUUGGUUUCCAGCUCGACUUCUAA